ACAAAAAAGUUUGUACACCUACGUAACAAAAUUUAGUAAAUAAAUUCAUCAAUUAAAUAUUUUUGUGCAUCCGACGUGAUCAGGUUUAGUCAAAACUAUACAAAACAAUACAUCACAAUGACUGCGCUCGCUUUUAGAGUUAAAAGUAAAAACGGUCAACAAACAUUAAAAGACUUGACCUCUGAUAGUACUGUGGGUGAAUUAAAAAUGUUUCUUUCAAGUGUAUCAGAUAUAAGUUUAGACAGAAUUUGUGUGUUGUGUGGAUAUCCGCCCAAGCCGUUGGAUAUAAGCAACGACGAUAAAACAAUUACCGACAUAGGAUUAAAGACAGGAGAAACUUUGAUUGUGGAAGAGAAAACUGUACCAACAACUGCUACUGUUACGAAACCAGAUCAGACAAAGCCUGUCGAAAAUGGCGUUACUCAGGAGCCGACGGUGCCCUGUAGACCUGGUAUCUUAAUGAAGAAAGUAGUUCCUUCUGAUAAUUCAUGCCUUUUUACUAGUAUAGGAUUUGUAUUAAAGGGUACCAUUGAUACAUCAUGUCAUACCUUAAUGCGACAAAUUAUAGCAAUGGAAGUAGCAAGCGACAAAGAUACAUAUACUGAAGCUUUUCUAGGUAAAUCUAAUGUAGAAUAUUGUGAUUGGAUACAACAACCUACUUCGUGGGGUGGUGCUAUUGAGGUUGCAAUUCUCUCUCGUUUUUAUGGUGUGGAAAUGGAUGUAGUUGACACACUAAAUGCAAUUAUCAAUCGCUUUGGAGAAGAUAAAAACUAUGGACAAAGAGUGUUCUUAUUAUUCGAUGGGGUACAUUAUGACCCUUUAUAUCUAGAACAAUCCGAUGGAGGCAUCCAAACUAUUUUCCCAUUAGAAGACAUGGAUAUCUACAGAGAAGCUGAACAGUUGGCACAUGAAGCAAAAUCUUCAAGGCAGUUUACCGACCUAAAUAAGUUUACACUAAAGUGUAUGGUUUGUAACACCUUGCUCACUGGGCAGAAAGAAGCACAAAUUCAUGCUAAGGAGACCAAACACGCAAACUUUGGAGAAGUGUAGUGUAUGGUUCUGUUAAUUAUUUUCAAUUUUAUGUUUGAGUAUGGUCACCUAUUGAAAUCAACUAAAGAAAAUUUAAUAAGAUAUAGUCAUUUACAAUAAAAAAAAAUCACAAAAGUGCUAAAUAAUUGUUAGCUUAUUAUUUUC